CAAUCGUAGUAUAUUCAAUAUGAUGAAUCAAACAUUUGCCAAUUCGUCCAUCAGAUUCAAAUACUCAAAAAAGAAAUGGCGAGUUGGAGCCAGCCGUUUUUCUAAGAACAGAUAGAGGCUCUAAAUAGAUUUCACUCGUCUAAAAAUAAGCACCGCAACGUGAGACAGAGAGAGACGAAAGGAAGAGCCAAAGCAAGCGGCAAUAUAAUGGAGGAGAAGAAGAAGGACUUGCUCCGGAAGCUGACGAUCGUCUCGAUCCCGUUCGUGUUCGUGGCGAUCCCGUCCGUGGUGAUCAUCGUGGGCAUGCUGUCCCCGCACGCGGCGGAGCCCCGGGAGGGCGCGGGGCCGUUGCCGCCGGGGCGGAACCACUCGCUGUCGAUGCUGAGCACCAUGACGGGGGGCCAGAUGAUCCUCAGCUGCCGCGCCGCCUUCUCCGGCAACUGGGAGUACUUCCACUACUUCAUCCUGGACCCCUACAAGCCCCAGCAGGCCUUCUUCCAGCCGCAGGCCGACCCCUACGUCAUCUUCUGCAAGUGGGGGUACAUGGGCAACUUCCUCCAGGACGUGGUCGUCUUCAACAGCUGCGCCACCUGGGCGCCCGACUGCCGCGUCGACAACGGCGGCUGCCGCUACCUCUUCCAGGACGGCCACAUGUUCCUCGUCACCGGGAAGCACGGCGGCGGCGGCCCCGCGCCCAAGGCGAAGGUGGCGGCGGAGACGCUGGGGCCGGGGGCGGCGCCGGGCCCGUGGCAAGGCCAGGCUCCGGCUCCGGCUCCGGCUGCGCCGCCGCCGGAUUUGCCUCUGGACGCGCUGCCGGCUUUGCCGCAGGUGCGGGAGAAGAAGCUGGUCGGGGACGUGGUGCUCAGGGAGUGCCAGCACGUGCUCGGGCUGUUCCCCACCAUGUGCCGGAAGAAGUCGCACCGCCACGAGUACGUCGGCAAGAUCAUCGGCCGGUGGCGGUGGUGGUUCAACUACUAGCUCAGCUAGCAGAUUGCCGCCGGUGACACGCACCCGUCGCCGCGCCAAGCUGUCGAUUAGGCAGGUCGGUGGCGUCGCGUGCGUGGUUGC